UUUGUCAAUCGCUUUUCCUUGUGACAGUUACGUCAUUCAAGUAUUGUUUGCAUGUGUAUUUUCUAUCAAGAACCAUAGUAAUGGCAAUUCAUGUGUUACAUUAGCAGUCUGUGGUCAGUUUCGAUUGCCCUAUAAAAGACUAUUCUCAUGCUGUCUGGAAGUUAUUAAAAAAUUGAAAACUUCCAAAAUGGGUUUUAUUCAAUCAACAUUUUUCGGUUUAGUUCUUCUGUGUGCCUUUGGGUCUGUAAUUUUACAAGAGACAACUUCGGAACCACCUAUAACUACUAGUACUAUUGCAUCGACAACCACAGAAACUCCAACUUCUGAAACAACAUCCAAACCUACAGAUCCUCCUACUACACUACCGCCAUCGACUACUACUGUUCCUGCAUCAACUACUCCUAAACCACCACUUCCUGAAGUAGGCUCUUGGAAUAUUUCCGAUGGAAAUGUAACUUGCAUAAGAGCCGAGCUACAAAUCGGUUUUAAUAUAAUUCUUGGAGGAGUUGAGGAAAGUUUUGUCUUGUCUCCAAAUGCAUCCGAUUCUGGAAGUGAAUGCAAAGCUCCAAAUGGAACCCAAGUAUUAGCAUUAACUUACAAAAACUAUGCAUUGACUUUCAUCUUUGCAAAAGAUUCUUCUAAUGCUUUCGUACAGCAUAUAGCACUUGAUUAUAUUACUCCACAGGGAGCAGAAAUCUUCUAUAAUUCUUCCCAGCUGUUUAAGGCGAAAGUUGGAAAUUCAUUUCGAUGUAAAACAACUGAUACUAUUCUUAUGGGAAAUGCCACCAUGCAAGUCUAUUAUAUUCAUAUUCAAGCCUUUGGAACUGCUGAAGAUAAUGGUUUUAAUACAGCUGAAGAAUGCGAAGCAGAUGAUAAAGUGAGCGAUAUUAUACCGAUUGCUGUUGGCUGUGCUUUAGCAGCCUUGAUUAUAAUAGUCUUGAUUGCGUAUCUUGUUGGACGACGAAGAAGCCGUCAGAAGGGUUACACAUCUGUAUAAUUUGCUCAUAAAUGCAGUUGCAGCAACUGCAUGCAAUAGCACAGCAUCUAAAUCUUUUUGGUUACUAAUUCUUAAUGUAUUAAUUUUUAAUUUCUCGCAAAGGUUUUUUAUUUGGUUGUGAAUGCUGAAACAGUGCCUUCUUGAUGAAAUCCAGAACUACUCAUCAAAUAGACAAUAUUGAAAGUAUUGAUGUAAAAUGCGAAUUGUUUCUUUUAAUGUUAACUGGAUUGGAAAGCUCAUGUUAUAUUGUUUUAAGUGCACGUGUAAGUUUGUAUUGAUAUUUGUUUUACUUGUGUUAAAAUGAAUUCUAUAAGAUUUGUCUGCCAAAUGUUUUAUUUACUUCAAUAAAGAAUUUUUUUAAAUUGUA